AUGAAAAGACCACCUGAAUUUGAUGAUGUUGAAGUACUGGGAUUAGAUGAAAAUGAGGAAGAGGAAGAGUUGAUGCAAGAAAUUGGCAGUGAAAGAAGAAGGCAAGCACUGGAAGUUACAGGUACUAGUGCUUUUAAAAAACCAAAAGUUUUACCACCACAAAGUAGUAGAGGGCCUAUUGACUGUUAUUUUUCCCCUAGACCAGCUGUUUUGGGAAAAAAUAUGAGGCAAACUACCAUUGAUGAAAAUAGUCCAGCUAAAAAGGAGUUAAGGGAGCGUGCUUGUGUUGCCAUAGCACGAUGGAUGUAUGAUGUGGGAAUAGCUUUUAAUGCUGUGAAUUAUGAUAGCUUUGGGGAAAUGAUUCGAACAAUUGAAAAUUAUGGGAAAGAAAUGAAACCUCCAAGUUUUCAUGAGGUUAGAGUUCGGUUACUUAACAAAGAAGUGCAAAUCACAAAUGAUCUUCUCGAGUCUCAUAAAGAAGAAUGGGAAAAUUAUGGAUGUACAUUGAUGUGUGAUGGAUGGACGGAUAGAAAAGGGAGAACCUUGAUUAAUUUCUUGGCUAAUAGUCUAAAGGGAAGUGUAUUUAUUAAAUCAGUUGAUGCAAGUGAUGAAUCAAAGACAGCGGCAUUGUUGACUAGUUUGAUUGAGAAAGAAUUGAUGGAAAUUGGUUCUGAAAAAGUAGUUCAAGUUGUUACAAAUAAUGCAUCAAAUAAUGUUGCAGCAGGGAGAAUAUUGGAAGCAAAUUUUUCUCAUCUAUACUGGACUCCAUGUGCAGCUCAUUGUAUAGAUUUGAUGUUGGAGGAUAUCUUUAAGAUCCGUGUUUUCAAAGAAACAUUCCGCAAAGCUGUUGAGCUUACUGGUUUCACAUAUGGCUCUUCAGGAGUUCUAAAUAUGUUGCGGAAGUUUACUAAUGGAGUAGAAUUGCUAAGGCCAGGGCAGACUAGAUUUGCUACUGCUUUUAUUACACUGGGAAGGAUUCAUCUUCAGAAAGCCAACAUUAGAAAAAUGUUUACUUCGGAAAGUUGGACAACUAGUAAAUGGGCUAAAGAGGUGAAAGGCAAAAAGUAUGAAAGGACGGUUUUGAGUCCUGCCUUCUGGAAUCAUAUUGUUUAUGCUCUUAAGGUUUCUGGUCCUCUUGUUCAUGUGCUUCGACUUGUUGAUAAUGAAAAAAAAUCAGCUAUGGGAUAUAUUUAUGAAGCCAUGGAUAGGGCUAAAGAAGCCAUUGCCAACUCACUCAAUGGCAAUGAAGAGAAAUACAAGAGCAUUUUUGAGAUUAUUGAUGCGAGAUGGUCACUUCAAUUGCAUCGCCCUUUGCAUGUCUUUGGAUACUUUUUGAAUCCUGAAUUUUUUUAUCCAAAUAAGAUGAGAAUUGAAUCUGAUGAAGAAGUCAAUACAGGAUUGCUUUCAUGCAUUCAUAAAAUGGAAAAAAAUUCAGCAAAAGUUGAUAUGAUUCUUGAUGAAAUUGAGAAAUACAAGGCAACUCUAGGACCUUUGGUUCUGAGUCUCACAUGUAGUGCAAGUAGUUGCGAAAGAAAUUUGAGUGUAUUUGAGCAUCUUCAUAGUAAGAAAAGAAAUCGGCUAUUUCAAGAACGCUUGGACAAUUUGGUAUAUGUGAAGUACAAUAGAGCGUUGCUACGUCGACACACUUUUGGGGAUAUCACAACACCUAUUGAUUUGGCAAAUAUUGAUGAGAGUAAUGAAUGGUUGCUUGGUGAAUUAGAAAAAGGUGAUGGGGAUGAUGAUGAUGAUAAUUCUCUUAUUUUCAUGAAUGACGUAUUGACUUGGGGUGAUGUUGGUAGAGCAGCUGGAGUUUCUGAAUCUCGUUAUGAAUCGAGAUCGGCUGCAAGAUCAACACUACCAGUUGAAACUCUAUCAUUUCGAAGGCCUCGUGCAAUGACAGGUGCAUCCUCUUCGCAAGUUGAUGAUGAUGAAGAGGAGGAAGAAUUUGUGAUGGCCGUUGUUGAAAAUGAAGAUGAUUUUGGGAAUCUUGAUGAUGAGUAG